AUGCAGAACCAUCGCCGUCCCCAUAGCGAUGCUAGCUACUUCGAGCAUUCUCCCACCGCUCGUGGCCCGCUCGCUGACUUCGCUCGGACUCCGUUCUAUCCGCCUCCACCGCAUGACACUCGGUGUGCUCCGACGUCCGACGGACGUUGCAUUUGCGGUGCGAGCUCUUCCUCCUUCAGGCCGGAGUACUCACAGCAGGUGGCUACCGUUCGUCGUCCAGUGAGGCCGAGUCGGCGCCCGUCGCCGCUCUUCUCCUACGGCUCUGACAGCCCCAUCCCGCGUUCCAACCCUUUCACCGAUGAGGAGCCUGACUACUCCUCGAUCCUUCCUGGUUUCGCGCAGAACUUCACUGCUCGGGUCAUGCCUGUGAACGAUUCGGGCUCCAGCGGGCUUCCAUCGGACGAGUCGCCGUCUUCAGCCUAUUCCAAUGACCGUCCCCCCAUUACCGGCCUUGUCCCCUUCGACUACAACGGGGAGCGCUACUAUCCGGAGACCACCCGCCGUCCCACCCCGCUUGACCAGGCCCAAGCUGAGGUUGUGCGCAUGCUGCGUUCUCAACCCCCUCUGGCACCGCUCAGCACGCCUCCGCUUCGCCCUGUUCCGUCUCCGUCAGACGGGGACUUCGAUGUUCCGUUGCUGCUUCUGACUCCCCCGUCGCUUCCGCGUCCUUCCCGGAACCUGGGUCCAGACGCUGAGCGUGUGAUGGAAGCUCAUAGGACGCUCACUCGGAUAAUCUCGUCCGAGGAUGCUGAUGGUGACUCACAGCCGCAUUAUGGCAACAUCCAUGUGGGCAUGGCGAUUGCGCCUUCUCUUGAACCCGUGGGGCUGGGUAUUCUGUUCCCGAAGCUUACUGAUGAGCAGGAGCCGGAGCCGAAGGAGAUCGACUACAGCGAUGGGGAGUCCAUUUCUCCUGACGAGAUGUUCUCGUUCGACCAAUUCUUCGCCGGUUUCAAUUCUGUUGUGGAGCCGGCGUCGCCGCAGAUCGAGAAUUUGGAGGAUGAGCUUUCUGGCUCUGUUCCGGAGGAGGAGGAGGAGGAGGAGGAGGAGUACGAUACUGACUCCGCAGACGAGGCGGCAGCUGAAUCUGAUGAGGAUCCCGAUUCGCACAUGUUCCCCGGAAUUUUGCAGCCCCCCUACCCUGCUGCCCCGGAUGGAGUCAACCCACAGCCCAUGUGGGCCCAAGUUCUCACUUCCUACGACCUUCUGGACACUCAACCCGACCUUUCCAGUGAUCUCGGCCAGGACUUCUUGGUUCUCAUGCGGGACACUGAUCUGGAGCGCGCACAGCGCGUCAGCGACAUCAAGGAUCUCCGCUAUGACCUCAACCAAGCCAAGGCGUCGCGCAAGGACUCCGCUUGGAACGAGCCUUCAGACCCAACCUUUCUGGAUGGGGACUCGGAGGAAGGGAUGAUGUUGAAAUUGAUGCACAACAUCAACAAGCUAUUCGAGCACGAUACUUACCACUGGCCGAUGUUGACGCCGUUGGAGUAUGGUAUGGAGGACGAGCACGAUCAGAUUGUCCCUGACCAGCCUCUCUACAUGGCUCACCGCGAAGACUGGAACACCAACUUCGAUUGGGUGCAGCCUUUCGCUCCGCGUCGCAGCAGCCGCAGUGACGAUGAGGACCAGGUCCCCCUUUCCCCUAAGUCAGAGCCCAUUGCGUGGAAUCCUGACUUCAAUUGGUCGGAGCCGUUCGCUCCGCGCUCUGUCGCUGAUGACGAGCUCGAGGUCCCACUUUCGCCGAAGUCAAAGGUAGGUCGUGUGUGA